GAGAGAGCAGUUUGGCCAAAGUUCAUACACAGGGACUAGAACCUCACAGAGGUAUUUCUGCACUUUCUCAGGAAAACACAAAACUAUGGGGUCCCCCAUGAAAAUGGAAGCCCCAGUUUGUCUGAUUAACAACACUAGUGACGGAAAGCUGGAAGCAAACCCCGAGGCGAUAGACAUCCUCUCCCGGAUCACGCAGCCGGUGGUGGUGGUGUCCAUAGUCGGCUUGUAUCGGACGGGGAAGUCCUACCUGAUGAACAAGCUGGCUGGAGCCCAGAAAGGCUUUAACCUGGGCGGCAGCGUCCAAGCGGAGACCAAGGGCAUCUGGAUGUGGUGUGUUCCCCAUCCCAGGAGAUUGGAGCACACCCUGGUUCUGCUGGACACGGAAGGUCUGGGGGACGUGGAGAAGGGCGACACCAAAAAUGACAUUUGGAUUUUCUCGCUGGCCGUUCUCCUGAGCAGCGCCCUGGUGUAUAAUAGUAAGGGAACGAUUGACCAGGAUGCGCUGAACAAGCUGAGAUUUGUGGGGGAACUUUCUGAUCUAAUCAAGGUGAAAUCUACAGACAAUGAUGAUGAGGAAGCUGAAUUCUCGGAGCAUUUCCCCAUCUUCAUCUGGGCUGUCAGAGAUUUUACGCUGAAACUAGUGAUUGAUGGACAGGUGGUCACAGAAGAUGAGUAUCUAGAGAAUGCCCUCAAGCUGAAGACCCCUGAAAGGACACCAAAGAAUGAGGAUUAUAAUAAGCCCAGGAAAUACCUCCGCAUGUACUUCGGUAGUCGGAAAUGCUUUGUGUUUGACCAGCCAUCGGCAGACAAAGAAGUUCUCCAGAAGAUGGAGCAAGUUCCUGAAAGUCAAUUUAAGCCUGAUUUUGUGGCUCAAUCCAAGAAGUUCUGCGACUAUGUCUUCAAGAACGCUGAAGUGAAGCGGGUUACAGGAAUACCCCUAGUUACAGGAGUCAGGUUGGCUAAAUUGGCAAAAACGUACACUGAAGCUAUAAGCUCUUCCAAUGUCGCCUGCAUGGAGGAGGUGGUGCUUUCCCUGUCUGAGACAGAAAACAAGGCGGCUGUCCAGGAUGCAAUUCAGUACUAUGAGAGCAAGAUGGAUGAAAGUGUUGUGUUCCCCACCGAGACACUUGACCAGUUUCUAUACCUGAGUAGACGGUGUGAGAAUGAAGCUGUUCAGAUUUUCAUGAAAAAAUCCUUUAAGGACAAAGAUCAGAAAUUCCAGAACCAGUUAAUAGAACUUGUACAGAAGAAAAAGGAUGACUUAUGCCGGAUGAAUGAGACAAAGUCUCGGGAACGCUGUGAGACUCUUAUUAAGAAGCUUUCUGCAGAGUUUGAGGAAGCGUUGGCUGCAGGAACAUACAGCGUCCCUGGGGGCCAUAAACAGUUCAUGCAAGACCUGGAUGCCAUACAGGAAAAGUACAAAACGGAGAUGGGAAAAGGUGUACAGGCUGACGUAGUGCUGAAGGAUUACCUGAUGUCCAAAAAAUCCAUCGGAAACAACAUUUUGAAAAGUGAUGAAGCUCUGACUGAGAAUGAGAAGAAAAUGGAAGAGGAGAAAGCGACAAGAAAAAUUGAAGAGAUGAAAAGUCAAGUUCUCCAACUGGAAGAGUCUCAGAGGAAUCAGAAGAAAAAGGAUCAGAUGAAAACUAUGGAGGAGAACAUGAUGCAGCUGAUAGACAAAAUGGUAGAAGAGAGAAGACUGAUGAAGUGUCAAGUAGAGAGAGUCAUUGAGGAGAAGAACAGGGAAAUGCAAAGAUACAGGAGCCAGGGGUCUCCACACGCCAACAUGUACCAGGCGCAGAUCGAAGACCUGAAGGAGAAGAACAAUAAACUGAAGGCUGACCAGAGCGACUCUUGCGACUUCUUGCCCGUCAUCGAGGCUUUCAAGAAGGUCUCCUGCGCUAUCGGACCCUCUAUAAUUGAGAUGGCCGGAGACAUGAUUAAGAAGAAAGUAACUGAAAAAUGGAAAAAGUACCAGGCAUAAGAUUAGUGCCAAGCAUCUGGACUCUCAAACUUUUUGCUGCGCUUUUCUGUUUUACAUUUAUGCUUAAUAUCAGAAAAGUGUUUUUUUAUCUUUUUUUUGCCACCAAGCAAAAAUAUAGCGAUUUGCUACUUAUUUUAUUCAUUUUUUUUACUGCCAUAAAUAUUUAAAGUUUUUUCAAACUUUUCUGAUUGUAAUUUGCAUAAAUGCAGCCAGCCUUCAUCAAGUCAGCGUGAAAAGUUUCCAGUCUGGUCUUUAAUGUUCCCUCCCAUCUCUAAUCUGUACCCCUGAGGCACUGUAUAACUUGUCAAUAUCAAUAGAAUUGAGGAAUAGGUGUCCCACAAUAGCCGCCAUAUUCCCUUAGCCAUCCUGUACUAGCAUGGAGCCGUAAUAUAACCAAGCGCUCCCUCGUUAGUUUUAUAGUUGCUGUCUUUUAAACGAAUCUGCUAUGCAUAAUUAAUUCUGACCAUUAGUGCAGAGGUCACUAUGUAUAUAUAUAUAUAUAUAUAUAUACACACAUGUGGGGGAAAAAAGGGGGGGAAAUUGGCGCCCAGGGAUUAGUGUAACCCGUAGAAUGUACAGAACCCUAUGGGUUUCACAAAUAUUACCAAUUUUAAAACAAAAGCAUGAACUGUUCCUUCAUAAAAGUUUAUUAAGAUUUACAAAAUGACAUAUCCAUCAUGUUACAUAGACAUUAUGAUGUAAUUUCUUUUAUAAUGAUCCAUCCAUGAAGUUGUGGAGGAAUGUAGACAAUUUUAAGCAAUAUCUUAAAUCCUUCCUCAUAGGAUAUUCAGAGAACACAUCAAGUAAAAAACCCAACACGUUUCGUCUAGUGACUAGACUUCAUCAGGGGUAUGUCUUUUGAUAUUAACGUCAAUCUAAAAGUACUCAGUCAAGGUGGUCGAUCAGAAUUGUUCAAAGAGUGACUUCAAAACAUCCCUAAUAGGUACUGCUGAGGCUUCAAACCGGCCUCGUGGAUUCAGUAUUCAGAAUUCAUAUAAUUCCUAUAUUUAGCCUUCAAAGGAAUAGCGGAAUCAGCAAAUUCAUGACAAACAGGACCUCAUGGAUCAACUAUAGGCGUGAAAAGUGGAUGCGGAUAUGUUGUCCUUACAGUUUCACACAGGUAAAGACU